CAGAAUUUCUUCAAUCCCAUCACCUCGGUCCACUCAUGCUGUCGAUGAUGACUACUUGGACAAAUUCAACACGAUAUUGGUCGGCGCUUUUUGCUUGACAAUAUCUCGCCCACUCACGUUUAUUCCAAGUACAUAUCCAAGAUUCAUUGACCAUGGGGUCGUCUACAUAAUUACCGUACCACUCCUCUCGAUGACAUAUGCUUCAUUGUCAACACUUCUCACUCGACAGGCCGCACCAGCAGCACCCACCUCUCCGAAGCGUGGUCUUGUACACGUCCCCUCCUCCUUACAUCCCACCGACGACAUAAUAUGGAAACCAGCACACGGUUCCCACCUAACAUGGUACUACAACUACAAAGCCGCACCCUCACCAUCCUUUGCCGACCAAAAAGACCUCGAGUUCGUGCCCAUGCUAUGGGGCGCCUCCGAUAGCUCCCAAGGCACACCUUUCCUCGACGCUGUCACCGCACAGCUCGAAUCCGGCGCAAACAUCACCCACGUCCUAGGCUUCAACGAGCCCGACGGGCCCUACAUCUACGGCGGCUCCAACAUCUCCCCCAUCACCGCCGCCUUGGUCUGGCAGCGCGAGAUCGAGCCCCUCAAGAAACUGGGCGUCAAGCUCGGUGCUCCGGCCGUCACGGGGAGCCCGAAUGGAUUUGAGUGGUUGGCCGACUGGCUCGAGGCGUGUGGCGGUGGGUGUAAUCCCGACUUCAUUCCUGUACAUUGGUACGGGAAUUUCGAGGGCUUGGCCAGCCAUGUUGGACAGGUCACUGCGACGUUCCCCGGGUUGAAGGUCUGGGUUACCGAGUGGGGUUGUGUGGAUCAGGGGUUGGCGGAGACGCAGGAUAUGUAUGCGGAUUCGGUGGCUAUGCUGGAUCGAUGGGAGGCUGUUGAGCGGUAUUCUUAUUUCGGCGCGUUCCGCUCCGAUGUCUCGAACAUUGGGCCGAAUUCUGCCAUGUUGACCGAGAAUGGCGCGCUGACGGAUAUUGGGUCCUGGUAUAUGGGCGGUAGCGCUACGGGCGCGAUACCUCACGGGAGCAAUGCCUCGUUCAUCACUCAGUCUGGGUGGUCGCGUGUAUUGUUGACUUUUGUAGCCGGAGCUAUUGCUACUGGUAUGCUGUGGUGA